AUGGCCUACAAUCGCAUCGGCGACCCUCAGCGCGACGGUCCUUAUUCUCCUGCGAUGAAUCCUCACUACGAUUCUCGGUCCCCCUCUCCUGGCCGACCACUACAACCCUACGCUCACCCAGACGAGGCCCAUUCGAGACAACAACUGCACUUGCAGAUGCCGACGGCCUCCAACGACCGCCUUGCCAUGCAGCCGACAUACUCGGUAGAGAACAUCCCGCAUUCUCAUGGGCAUAACCAGCAGUAUGAACAACAGCGGCCUCUUGGACCAGGGGGAGAUAUUGGUUACGGAAGAAAUGACUACAUUGUAUCACCAGAGGAACAUCACGACGCAUAUUAUACACAGGCAUAUUCACCUCAUCCUCAAGGCGACUAUGCCCUAGAUCCUUAUCCUACGCCGGAACAUCCAUACCGACUGGACAACGACAACGUCCCCAUCCUUCAGGCUGAUGGCGCAUAUGGCCCAGAUCCGCAUGCUCAGGAAGAUAUCGGUUAUGAUGGGUACCAUGAUGAGCAGCGCCCUACGCCGUCUCCGGCGCCAAUACGAAGAUGGAAGACCGUGAAGGAAGUGCAGCUUUUCAAUGGCAAUUUAGUGCUUGAUUGUCCGGUUCCUCCUAAACUCUUGGCUAAUGUACCUCAUGCGAAGCCGCCGGAGAGAGACGAGUUUACGCAUAUGAGAUACUCAGCCGCCACAUGCGACCCCUCGGAGUUCUACAAUGAGCGGUUCACUCUGAGACAGCGACUGUUUGCUAAGCCGAGAGAGACGGAACUUUUCAUCGUUGUCACCAUGUAUAAUGAGGACGAAUUCCUGUUUGCUCGUACCAUGAUCGGUGUCUUCAAGAACAUUGAAUUCAUGUGCAAUCGCAACAGUAGCAAAACAUGGGGCAAGGAAGCGUGGAAGAAGAUCGUCGUUUGCAUCGUUAGCGACGGCCGUGCGAAAAUCAACCCCAGAACGAGGGCAGUCCUCGCCGGUCUAGGUGUCUAUCAGGACGGCAUUGCCAAACAACAGGUCAACGGCAAAGAUGUCACCGCUCAUAUCUACGAAUACACCACUCAGGUUGGUCUCGAGCUGAAAGGCACGCAGGUGUCUUUAAAGCCGCGAUCCGCGACCCCGGUUCAACUGUUAUUUUGUCUCAAAGAGAAGAACCAGAAGAAGAUCAACUCACAUCGCUGGUUCUUCCAAGCCUUCGGUCGGGUGCUGGAGCCCAAUAUUUGUGUCCUCAUCGACGCCGGUACCAAACCCGGCAAAGACUCCAUCUACCAUCUGUGGAAAGCUUUUGACCUAGAACCCUCUUGUGGUGGCGCUUGCGGUGAGAUCAAGGUCAUGUUGGACCAUGGCAAGAAACUCUACAAUCCGUUGGUCGCCACCCAAAACUUCGAAUACAAAAUGUCGAACAUCUUGGACAAGCCUCUGGAGUCUGCAUUCGGCUUCAUUUCGGUGCUCCCCGGUGCUUUCUCGGCUUACCGUUAUGUGGCCUUGCAGAACGACAAGAAUGGUGAGGGGCCUCUCGAGAAAUACUUCAAAGGCGAAACUAUGCACGCAGACGCUGGCGUGUUCACUGCGAACAUGUAUCUUGCCGAAGAUCGAAUCCUCUGUUUCGAGCUCGUCAGCAAGCGCAAUUGCCAGUGGAUCCUUCAAUAUGUCAAGUCGGCCACAGGCGAGACCGAUGUCCCUGAUGGCAUUGCCGAGUUUAUCCUUCAGCGAAGGCGUUGGCUGAACGGGUCCUUCUUUGCCGCAGUUUAUGCCGUGGCACAUGUCUAUCAGCUGUGGCGUAGCAACCACAGCGCUAUACGCAAAUUCAUGUUCCUGAUCGAAUUCACAUACCAGACCAUCAACAUGCUUUUCGCUUGGUUUGCAAUUGGCAACUUUUUCCUGGUUUUCCGGCUUUUGACGGCCUCCCUUGGCUCACCAGGGCCAUUGGGGAGAGCUGGCACGGUUUUGGGCGUCAUCUUCGAGUUCAUCUACCUGGGCACACUUCUUUAUUGCUUCAUCUUGUCUAUGGGUAACAGACCUCAAGGUUCCAAGAAGUCUUACCUGGCAAUGGUCAUCUUUUGGUCUAUUCUCAUGAUUUGGCUGACCUUUGCUUCGAUCUUCCUGACGGUGAAGUCGAUUCAGACGGAGGUCAACCAAAAGGACUUCAGCUUCUCGACCAUCUUCAACAAUAGCACCUUCUUCGGCCUGAUUGUGUCUCUAGCGAGCACAUACGUCCUCUGGUUCGUGGCAAGCUUUCUGUUCUUCGACCCUUGGCACAUGUUCACGUGUUUCAUCCAAUACAUCGUCCUCACGCCGACUUACAUCAAUGUCCUCAACAUCUACGCAUUCUGCAACACCCAUGACAUCACGUGGGGCACCAAAGGAGAUGACAAGGCGGAAAAGCUUCCGAGUGCAAACGUCAAGCCUGGUGGGAUGGUUGACGUGAUGAUCCCCCAGGAUGACGGUGACUUGAAUGCCCAGUACGAUGCAGAACUGAAGCGAUUUGCGACAAAGGCAGAAAAAGAAGUCAGGAAGCAGAGUCCAGCUGAUAAACAAGAGGACUACUACAAGUCUUUUCGAAGCAACGUAGUCACCGCCUGGAUGAUCACGAACUUCAUUCUCGUGGCCGCCGUCCUGAACAUUUCGGGUUUCGAAAGAAUCGACACUGGCGACACUGCACAGCAGAACUCGACUAUUUAUUUGGCGGUCAUUCUGUGGUCGGUGGCGGGUUUAUCGCUCUUUAGGUUCACUGGCGCAUGCUGGUUCCUGAUUGUACGGAUGUUCCGUGGGGUAUGA